AAGCCACGACACGCUCUGCCAAAUGACCCCUAAGCCCUAUAAAUGGCGGUAUUGGUGAAGUUCUUAAUUAAUUAAAAAGUGACCUAUAAUAUGUUCAGAAGGUCAUCAAAUAUGAGUAAAAUGAUAGCGGUUUGGACCAUGAUGCUGGUAAUAUUGUGUGGUUGGCAGAUCAAAAUGGGAAAUGCAGGGCCAAGUGAAGCAGUUUGUAGACAAGAAAGGAGUGUUGGGAAGAAAGCAUGUUUGUCUGUUUUGUUUGGAAAUCCAUCAGAAGCAUGUUGUGAAAGGGUAAGAGUGACACAGACUGAAUGUUUUUGCCCAAUUCUGACACCCAAAUUAGUUGCAAUACUAGGAGGUGCCAAUCGUGUCAUUCGACUUAUUCAAAGCUGUGGAAGGACUGUUCCUCCAAACUUCAAGUGUGGAAGUGUUACCACUCCAGCUUCUGAGAUGCAUGUUUAAUCAAUUUAGUACAAUUUAAUUAUGGUAUUAUUACUGUGCUGCUUAAUUAUGUAUUCAAUAAUAACUAAGAGAAAGAUGUUAUUCUGCUUAUAUGCUCUCUUUUUGGAGUACUAUGGGAAUGGACCAUUUGGGGGUAAAGAUGGUAUUCAUGUUGUUAGUUCUAAACACCUUGGUCCACCUCUUUUGUAUCUGUAAAAGUGUGCUUCUUAAUUUCUUUUAUCUAUAGUUUUAAGUAUAA